CUGCCCGCCGCCUAUUGUGCUCUGCUCUCCCCACUCCCCAGUCCACACUACCCACGCAGCGACUCCGCCACCACCGAAACCCCAAUGCGGUCGCCGAGGCUCCGCCGCCAGCCGGCGCCGGCACCUUCGCGGUCACCGGAUCCGGCGGAGCCCACGGAGGUCUUCCCCGUAGGCGAGGCGGUGGAGGUGCUGCCGGACGAGGGAGCCUACCGCGGGGCCCACCUCCCCGCCGUCAUCGCGCGCUUCGACCCCGACCUCUGCAGCUACGCGGUCGAGUACGACGCCCUCGCCGUCUCAGGGGCCUCCGGCCGCGCGCUCCCGGAGACCGUGCCCGCGUCGCAGGUCCGGCCGCGCCCGCCGCCGGCGGCGUCCUCUCCACCCGCGGAGCACGCCCCCGUGGAUGCGCUCCGAGACGGCGCGUGGUGGCUCGGCGUUGCCCUCCUCGGCGGGGACCGGGCGGACGGGAAGGUCGCGGUUUGCUUCCCGGCGACGAGGGAGGAGGCGGAGUUCGACGAGGCCGAUGUCAGGGCCCACCUCGAGCGGGUCGCCGGCGAGUGGCGCUCCCCCGAGGACAUGGAGACAUCCAAGAGAACGCUGUAUGCUAAAGGCACACAAAUAGAAGUUGCCAGGUUGGAAGCUGAUUCUGUUGUCGCUUGGUUCCCUGCAAUUGUUGCAAAGACUAUCUGGAAAAAUAACCUCUUGGUGGAGUACCCUUACUGGAAGGGUAGUGAACUGUGCAAUGAGAUUGUCGAUAUCAAGCACAUCAGACCUUGUCCGCCACGUGCAUCAGUUAUUAGUUUCUGCGUCAAUGAUGAUGUUGAAGGCUUCCAAGAUGAUGGCUGGUGGCCAGGGAAGAUCACUGAGAUUCAUCCCAAGUUAACGUAUACAUUUAAGUUAGCAACUUCAGGAAAGAAGGCCCAGUUACACCAGAACAAACUGAGGCUUCGAUAUGACUGGACUGAUAACCAAUGGAAGCAAGUUGCACAGAAUCUGUCAGGAACAAAUUUCACAGGAGGUGACAGGGUUGAAGUGAGCAGUGACGAGGAAGGUUUCCAUGGAGCAUGGUUCGAGGGGACGGUUGUCAAAUCCGUCGGACACAAAUUCCUUGUGGAGUACGACGCGCUGAAGGACGACGACGAGACCACGCCUCUGAAAGAAACCAUAGGGGAGGAGCACAUCAGGCCCUCCCCUCCGGCUAUCCCUGUCACCAAUGGUUUCAAGGUCCUUGAUGAGAUCGACGCCUACACCAACGAUGGGUGGUGGGUCGGUGUGAUAUCCGAGGUCCUCAGCGACCAGAAGUACAAGGUUUACUUCAAGGCUUACAAGGAGCAGAAUGAGUUUGAGCUCGAGCAGCUGAGGCGUCACUGCGAUUGGGUGGGGGGAAGGUGGAUGCAGGCUUCCCCGGCAUUGGAGAUGUGACGGCUGAAGGGACCUACGCGCACACUUUUUGUACAUGAGCCUGGGAUAAUUGGUACCCAUGAGAGAGUGGCUUCACUAGUUAUGAUGCUUUCUGAACUGAAGCUGUGUUGUGCGCAUAGAAAGGCCAGCAAAUUGGCAGUGGAGGGCCUUUCUGCAUCGCAAUUCCCUCGGCAGCUGAUCUAGAUGUUUGUUCUACCGGAGGCUUUCGCCGUCGCUAGUAAGACUCGUCGUGCUUUUAUUGUAAACCUAAGAACAAACCUGUGUGGACGCCGUUGCCAUCCACGAUUCCGCGAGCCUCGGCGUCUGAAAUCAAAGCAGCGUUCGCCAUAGAUUGAUGUUGUGCAUUCGGUCGGUGUGAUCUGGCCUGCAUGGAACGUUUUAGGCACUUGAUCCGACUGCAACUGCCAACGGCUCGUCCUUGUGGUUACUACUGUGUUAUGUACUUAGCCUUUUGGACCACCUAGCCUUGGCUACGCCUCGGUUUAAAAGCUGGAAUUCAAUGUGGCGUGAGGAGGGAACAUGGUUGGAUUGA